UGACACAACAAAAAUUUGUGCUCGAGUUUUUUUUUAUACGUACUAAAAAAUUUGGAUUUAGAAUUUAGAUCGACCAGUUUUUGUUUGUGAUUAUUUUUUGUCAUUAAGCAUACAGUUGGUUCUGACGGGCUGUCGAUGUAGAUCGUUUUGCGCGAUACAAUUUGGAGUAAUAUUGAAGAAGUAUUCGAUUUCAGUCUGAUAGUAGUCGUACCACCAGCGGAAAAAUGGCGAUCAGUUCAGCUGAAGGCCGGAUUAUCAAAAUGGAGGUGGAUUACUCGGAUGCCGUCGCCAAGCAGAUCCCGAAGUCUGCGGAGAUGGCACGCGCUGGUCAGCUGAACGAAGCCGUCGACGAACUGUUAGCUCUGGAAAAGCUCACUCGUCAAGGCGGUGAUGCCAUCUCCUCGGGCCACGUCCUCGUGGCUAUCGUUAAAAUCUGUGCGGACGUGAAGAAUUUCGACAAAAUGUCCGAAAUGAUGGUGCUGCUGAGUAAACGGCGCUCGCAGUUCAAACAGGCCGUUACCAGCAUGGUUCAAGAAGUGUGUCGUACGGUGGAGACGGUUCCUGAUAGAGCUAUGCAGUUGAAGAUAAUUGAAGCAAUCCGAUCUGUUACUGAAGGAAAAAUCUAUGUGGAAGUCGAGCGUGCCCGUAUCACGUACAAGUUGUCCCAGAUGUUGGAGGCCGAAGGAAAAGUGAAAGAAGCAGCAGAAGUGCUUCAAGAGCUCCAGAUUGAAACUUAUGGAUCAAUGGACCGUCGAGAGAAAAUAGAGCUACUGCUGGAACAGAUGCGCCUUUGCUUGAACAACAAGGAUUACAUCCGAACUCAGAUAAUCAGCCGAAAAAUCAGUGUCAGAUUCUUUGAAGAUGCAGCUCAACAGGAUUUGAAACUCAAGUAUUAUAAACUGAUGAUUUUGCUUGACGAGCAUGACGAAAAGUUCCUAAACGUCUCGCGACAUUAUAACGCCAUAUAUAAAACAAAGCAGAUCUUCGAAAAUUUGCCGGAUGCUCUUCAGGCACUUCAGUGCAUGAUCUCGUACCUUGUACUGGCGCCUUUCGAUAAUGAACAGUCUGACCUGCUGCACAGAGUUAAGGAAGACAAAAAUUUGGACCACAUGUUGCCUUAUAAGAAGCUGGUGAAGAGUUUCUUGACUAAUGAAAUCAUCCAGUGGAGCAAAUUUGUCGCUGAGUUGGAAAAGGAUCUGCGACAGGGUUCGAAAGAAUUGCCCGCUGUGUAUGUUUUCAAACCGGAGGUGGAUGGCGGGCCGGCUCGCUGGGAACAUCUGCGACAGCGCGUUAUUGAACACAAUAUCCGCAUCAUGGCCAUGUACUAUUCGCGUGUGUCCCUUACGCGUUUGGCACAGCUCCUCAGCUUGACCCCCCUGGAAUCUGAGGAAUAUAUUGGCAAAUUGGUCACCAAGAAAACAAUUUUUGCUCGCAUCGAUCGGCCUGAUGGUGUCAUAGUUUUCCGUCCUCAGAAAAACGUCAACGCCGUCUUAGAUGAUUGGGCUGGGAAUGUGGCGAAACUAAUGCAAAUGAUUAAUCAGACAACGCAUUUAAUUAACAAAGAGGAAAUGGUGCAUGGUAUGGAGCACGUCGUGGCCGCCGGUGCUGACAAAGAUUAGCUGGUUUAAAUUGUGUAUUGUGCAGUUGUUUUCGAGUUUUUGCUUUGAUGUAGAUCGGUUAUUAGGCACAUGUACCAGCGUACAUUUUUUCCUUAACCUUGGUUGGUAAACUGCUUCAGCUGGAUUUGGUAUCUGUUUUCUUACUUUUCAUAAACUAUGCUGAUACAAAAUAAACA